AUGAAGUUUGAGAAUCUCUUGGCAGAAGUUGGGGGAUUUGGACGUUACCAAAUCACACUGAUGGUCCUGCUGGUGAUCCCUCGGGUCACUCUCCCAUUUCAUUUUCUCCUGAACAAUUUCAUAGCAGCCAUACCAUCUCACCACUGUGACAUCAGCUCUCUGGAUGGGGACGACGGCCUCUUUGGGAAUCUAAGUCAGGAGGAGAAAAUGACAGUUAGUGUUCCAGUAUUGGAGGAUGGGAAACAUAGUUCUUGUCAGAUGUUUUCAGAGCCCCAGUUUCACCUCCUGCUGAACUCCUCCAACUCGACAGGACUCCCUACAGUCGAGUGCCAGGAUGGAUGGGUUUAUGACAACAGUACCUUCAAAAACACCUUGGCUAUGCAGUGGGAUCUGGUCUGUCACCAAAAAGGAAUGAAUAAAGCUUCAGCCACCAUCUUCUUUAUUGGAGUCAUGAUUGGAGCAACCACAUUUGGCAGCUUAAGUGACAGAUAUGGCAGAAAACGGAUGCUGAUGGUUUCCUACCUGAUGGCCAUUUGCUUUGGUGUGGCUAGCGCCCUCUCACACUCCUUCACCAUGUUUGCAGUCAUGAGGUUCUUCACGGGCUUUGGGAUCACAGGCAUCAGCAUCAUCUCUAUUGUCCUUUGUGUUGAGUGGGUAGACAUCAAACACAGGACAUUUGUUGGCGUAAUAGUGAGUCUUGAUUGGUCCAUCUCCACAAUGGUGUUGCCAGGUAUUGCAUACUUCAUCAGAGACUGGAGAUACCUAACCAUUACCGUAACGUCUCCCUUGGUACUAGCUGCUAUCACAUGGCGGUGGAUUCCUGAGUCUGCCCGUUGGCUGCUAGCCAAUGGGAGACUGGAAGAGGCCCAUCACUACCUGAGCUGCUGUGCCUUGGCCAAUCACAGAGAACACAACCUGAAAGACAUCAGUACCCAAACUCUGUCGACCGUCAUUGUCAGUGAGGACAAGGGAAACCGGAAGUACUCGUACCUGGAUCUAAUCAGAACUCCUAAGUUGAGGAGACUUGCUUUGCUCACUGGAAUCACUUGGUACGGAGUUGCGUUCACAUAUUACGGCAUCAGCUUGAACAUCACUGGUUUUGGAAUCAAUCUCUACCUCACCCAGUUCAUCUAUGGCACCAUCGAGUUGCCAGGAAAACUCAUGAUUUAUGUUAGUCUCAACAAACUAGGCCGCAGGUAUAGCCAGGCGGGAAGCAUGAUCCUUACCGGAGUCUGCAUUGCCAUCACCGUUGUCAUUCCCAAAGACAUGUGGUUGCCUCGUACUAUUGUAGCAGUCCUGGGUAAAGGCUUUUCUGAGGCCUCUUUUACCGCUGUGUUCCUCUACACUACUGAGCUCUAUCCCACUGUCUUACGGCAGAAUGGAUUGGGCUACAGUUCCUCUGUUUCUCGUUUGGGCGUGGCAGUGGCCCCACUGGUGAGCCUGCUGGAUGAAGUUUGGGUUGCUCUGCCACAGGUUUUGUUCUGUGCUGUUGCCAUCACAGCUGGCUUUUUUGCCCUGCUUCUCCCUGAGACCCGCAAUGUCAGGCUACCUGAGACCAUCGAUGACAUUGAACAAACCAGGUAUCCCAAUGUAAUGCUAUUGUACCAGUUAACUAGGAUUGCCACUGAUUGUUCUGCAAAAUUCAGAGUUGUUUCAUAA